AUGGAGGCGCUGCGGGCGGCGGGACGGGCCGUGCUGCGGAGCCCCCGACUCGCCCGCCACGGCCUGGGGCUCUGCUGGCACCGCAAGCUCCCGGAGAACUGGGCCGACAUGCAGGAGCCCCUGCUGGAGGGGAUUGGCUUCACACUCAAGUACCUGGGCAUGACGCUGGUGGAGAAACCCAAAGGAGAAGACAUGGCAGCCAAUGCCAUCCGUCGGAUCAUCACUAUGGCUCGCGUGGGAGCCAAGAAAUUCCAGAAGGUGAUUCUGACUGUCUCUCCGAGGGGCAUCUCACUGCAGGAUGCUGAGACCAAGGAGAUGAUAGAGUGUGUCUCCAUUUACAGGAUUUCCUACUGCACCACGGACAAGCUGCAGAACAAGGUGUUUGCCUACGUGGCGCAGAGCCCGCAGAGUGGGGCGCUGGAGUGCCAUGCCUUCCUCUCAUCCAAGAAGAAGAUCGCCCAAGCCGUGACUCUGACUGUGGCUCAAGCCUUCCAGGUGGCGCUAGAUCACUGGGAAACAGCACAGGCAGGCUCUGUGCAGGAACAGUCCCACCCUGAGUGUACCCUGGAGAACAACAGGCCAGGCAGCACAAGGGAGCCAGCUCCGGUCCCCACGGGGAGCACCCCAUUCAAACACCACUUUGAGGAGGAGGAGGAGGAGGAGGAGGAAGACGAUGAUCUCAAUGAAGCCUUUUCUGGCUGCACUGAGGAGGGCACUCAAGACACAGCAGACUUUGUGUCUCCCACACCAGGAGGCAGCUCGUCCAUCAUGCGCUUACCACAGAGCUGGGCCCCACCUGGAGUGCCCCCGACACAGCGGGAUGAAAUGGGAUGGGGGCACUGGAGGCCAAGCACCCACCUGCCCCAAGGGACCUUCCUCUAA